AAUAAAUUAAAGGGUUAGAUAAAACUUGUGAAGGAAAACGGAAAAGCUGUCUUCUUCUCGUAGCGUCUCUGUAAAAUUUCCUGUUCAGAUGAACUUUGGGUUACCGAGCAUCCCCUGGUUUAACAGCAACAGCUCGAAGAAAGAUGUAACCAUGGUAGAAACCGUGACAUCCACCACUUCUCUCCUUGAACAGCAAGAUGAUCAAGGGCAAAGCUUGUUCGGCAUAAAGAUAUGGACUUUCUCCCUUGGUUCUGUGUUUCCUUGGGCUGCAACCUCACGUGAUGGGAAGCAGCAGAAACCCACUACUAUAAACAGAGGGUUAAAAAGGCAUGCCGUGUCUCGCAGGUCAUCUAGAGUUAACACUGUGACUACUGUCCAUCGGUUUAGACCCUACGUGUCGAAGGUUCCGUGGCACACAGGGCCGAGAGCGUUUCUUUCUCAGCUUUUUCCGAGGUACGGGCAUUACUGUGGACCGAAUUGGUCUAGUGGGAAAGAUGGGGGUUCGCCGAUUUGGGAUCAGAGGCCUAUUGAUUGGUUGGACCAUUGCUGUUAUUGCCAUGAUAUUGGUUAUGAUACACAUGACCAGGCUGAGUUGCUGAAAGCCGACGUGGCGUUUCUUGAGUGUUUGGAGUCGAACAAGCGCGUUGUUACUAGGGGUGAUGCGCAAGUAGCUCACUUCUACAAGACAAUGUGCAUAACAGGUCUCAAGAACAUACUGAUACCUUACAGAAGCUACCUCGUGAAGAUACAAUACGGGCAAAAUCUACUCGACUUUGGCUGGUUAGUGAACGGCCUUAGCAAGAGAAGCUGGAACUUCCAGAAGAAUUGAGAGACAUGAGGAAGCAUAUCGUGAGUUACUCUACAAGUCCUGUAAGCCUUUCCAGUUUCCAGUUUGGUACAUAGAGGUUUAAAGAGAGGGAACUGAGGAUUAGGUUCUGUAAUAUAUAUUAGAUCAAAUACAUUUAAUAUGAAACUGUGGUGUGAGUGUUUUAAUCCCUUUGUACAUGUUUAGUAAUAGUAUGAUCCGUAUCACUUCGUUUGAA